AUGUCGUCGUCGUUCCCCGUGGCCAGCGACUUGGCGGCGACCUGGACGUUUAUCGAGCCGGGCUUGGAACACAUCUUGGGCUCGCAGGGCGACCAGGGCGUCACGGCAAAGAUGUACGUCAACUGCUACACCGCCGUCUACAACUACUGUGUCAACAAGUCCCGCAACAACGGCGCCAUGUGGAAUAACUCCAACCCGCAGGACUCGCUGAGCUACUCGCUUGCCGGCGCCGAGAUCUAUACUAAGCUCGACUCCUACCUCACCCAAUUCAUCAAGAACUUGCACCAAUUGCCCGACGAGACGUUUCUCCAGUUUUACGUGCGGACGUGGACCCGCUACACCAUUGGUGCCGGGUAUAUGGACAACGUGUUCAAUUACAUGAACCGGUACUGGGUGCAGAAGGAGCGGGCCGACGGCCGCCGCGACGUGUUUGAUGUGAAUACGUUGUGUUUGAUUAAAUGGAAACUCGAAAUGUUCCACAACAACGCCGAUGUUUUAGUCGACCAAGUGCUUGAUUUAAUCGAGAAACAACGCAAUAACGAGAUUGUCGAGACUAACCUCAUCUCACUGGCGAUUAAGCUGUUGGUGGCGUUGGGCAUCGACGUUCAGGACUUGAAGAAGAACAACUUAAUGGUGUACAUUAAGCACUUUGAACAAAAGUUCUUGCAACUGACGGCGGACUACUACCUGAAGGAGCUGGCGCAGUACUUGGCGACCCACCUGGUGGUAGACUACAUGAAGAAGUGUGAGACGCGCCUUACGGAGGAACAGCUGCGGCUGAACCAAUACCUCGAGUACCACACUAAAAAAUACUUGACAGAAACGUUGAACAAGGCGUUGAUUGAAGACCACGCCCAGGAGAUGUACAACGAGUUCUUGGCCCUCCUCGAACAGAACGAGACCGAACACAUCAACCGCAUGUUCAAAUUGUUGCUGCGGGUGCCGCUGACGUUGGCGCCACUUGCCAACACGUUUGAGAAGUACAUCAAGGACGAAGCGUUGAAGAAAUUGAAUGAUUUGAAGGUAACUACCGAGGAAGAGUCGGCACGGGCCCGGGCGCAAGCAGCUCAGGAAGGGACUAAGCCGUCAGUUAAACCCGGUUUGGACCCUAAGGCCUACGUCAACACGUUGAUUGAUAUCUAUAAUCGGUUCAACCUCGUGGUGUCCACAGCGUUCUCGAAGGACCCGCUUUUCAUCAAGGCCCUCGACAACGCCUGUCGUGCAUUUGUCAACAAAAACCCUAUUGCCACUCCUACUCCCAAGUCCAAGUGUCGCACCCCUGAACUUCUCGCUAAGUAUGCUGAUGGCUUCUUGCGGGGACUGGCCAAGGAGUCGGAAACUGCCGAUAUGAACCCCGACGUGCUCAUGGUGGUGUUCAAAUUCUUAAACGAUAAGGACGCGUUUGAAGAGUACUACCGGCGGAUGUUGGCCAAACGGCUCAUCAACGGCAACUCGAAACUGGACGAGUUGGAAGAGGCCAUCAUCAAGAGAUUACAGGAAGAAAACCUGAUUGAGUACACGCUGAGGAUGACGAAGAUGUUCAGCGACAUGAAGGCGCUGGUGGACUUGAAGAAGGAGCUCCCGCCGCUGGUGGUGGUCAAGGAGUUCAACCCGUUAAUUCUCGCCCAGCUGAUGUGGCCGUUCUCCCACUCCGACGACUACUCGUUGAAGGUAGCCCCGGAAUUGACCGACCUGUACAACAACGUCCAGCUGAUCUACCACACCAAGCACAACGGGCGCCAGUUGCGGUGGUUGUGGAACCACGGGCGUGCCGAGCUCAAGGCCAAUUUGAACCGCAAGGGCAAGCCGCCGUUCAUUUUUACGGUGUCAAACGUCCAGCUCAUGAUCUUGUUGUCGUUCAACCACUCGCUGCUGUACACGUUCUCCGAGUUGUGGCACCGAGUUGGGUGUCUGCGGCUGAUCUUUGAAGCGCACUUGUUGCCGCUUGUCAAGUACAAGGCGCUUGAACAGCUGCCGGUGGGUACGGAUGCGUUCGCUGACGACAACACCACCUUUACCAUCUGCGAGUACUACCUGCUGAAGAAAGUCAGAGUCAAUUUUACCCUGGCGAUCAAGACCACCGAAGUUAAACAGGAGGAGGACGAGGCCGACCGCGAGAUCGACGAGGCGAGACAAAACCACUUGGCGCUGGUGAUCGUGCGUAUCAUGAAGGGGCGCAAGACGGUGCCGCACAAGGAGCUUCUCAACGAGGUGAUGACCCAGUGCAUGCUGCGGUUCCGGGCGACAAUUAUCGACAUCAAGAAGCUGAUCGACUCGUUGAUCGAGCGCGACUUUAUUAAGAGAAUCGACAACAACACCUACGAGUACAUCUCGUGA